AUGGAAAAUAAGGAGCAGUUUGUAAAUCUCCUUCCAGGGCCAUUUAUAUUAUGUAUCGGAUUUAUAAUACAUAUUAUUGGUUUUUCGACGACUCAUUGGUCAAAGAGAACUAGCACCGGUGCCUACUGUGGAUUAUGGAAAGUUUGUACAUAUGACGAUGAUAAAUCAAAAGCAUGCUUCACAAUCACACAAAGAGGAAGUGCGCCAAUUAUGGUAUUCUUGUGUAGUUUCCUGGGUACAGCAAGUACCAUUAUAACUGGAUUGUCAUUUAUCACUGCUGUCUUCACAAUGUGUCAGAAAAAGAUUACAGCUUUGAAAUGGUCUAAAAACUCGGCGGCAACAGCUCUUCUUGCAGUAGCCUUGUCAGUCAGCGUUGAAUGUAUUUAUGGUGCAACUUACUCCAGUAUUACGUACGACAAUAUCCCUAACCUCAACAAAACAUCAACGACAACUGAACUUUCCUGGUCGUUCUUUUUGUAUUGCUCAUCUUCAGUGAUUCUUUUGAUUGGAAGUUUAUACUUAAUAAUCGUUCCGUCUAACAUACUGUCAACUAAUAAAGUUUCAACAACCAUGCCACAGAUACCGGUAUUACAGAUCCAUCCACCACCAAGUGACCGAGCGCCGACGCCAUUAUAUUUGUUGUCUCAGCGUUCAUUAUCUCCUUUACCGUCACCAUUUUCAUCUAACGCUCAUACUCAACAUCCCCAGAGUUUGCCGCCAGUCUUUACACAGCUUCGUAGAUAGAUGUAUAUUUGACAUUUUUGUCUUGAUACAUGUAGAUGUAUAUUUGACAUAUUUGUGUUUAUCAGUGCUUGUUUAUUAUUAAACAUGUUGAAACAAUGGUGUCAAAUAUUUAUUAUAUU